UAAAAAUAAAAAUUUCUUAGCAACAAAAAACAGACAGACAACAAUGGACUGCAAAAUGGAGUGGCCGGAACCGAUUGUCCGGGUCCAAUCAUUGUCGGAGAGGGGCCUCGCCGCCAUUCCGACAAGAUAUAUCAAGCCGCCGGCCGACAGGCCGUCAUUAACGGCCGGCAAACUUGACGGCAGCGUUAACAUCCCGUUAAUAGACUUCGAGCCGUUACUUUCGCCCGGCGCGCCAGCCGCCGCCAAAGCUGAGGUUCUGGCGCAAGUCUCGGAGGCCUGCCGGUGCUGGGGGUUUUUCCAGGCGGUGAACCACGGCGUCCCGCCGGAAUUAAUGGACGAGGCGAGAGAGAUUUGGCGCCAAUUCUUUCAUCAACCCAUGGAAGUGAAGCAGCCAUACGCUAACUCGCCCAAGACUUAUGAGGGCUAUGGAAGCCGGCUUGGGGUGGAGAAAGGAGCCGUUCUUGAUUGGAGUGAUUAUUAUUUCCUCCAUUAUCUUCCUUGCUCCUUGAAGGACCAUAACAAAUGGCCUGCCCUUCCCUCUUCUCUAAGGGGAUUGAUUGAGGAAUACUCGGAACAAGUGGUGAAGUUUUGUGGAGAGUUGAUGAAAAUUUUGUCUACAAAUCUUGGAUUAAAGGAGAAUUUUUUGCAAGAUGCAUUUGGAGGGGAGAACAUUGGAGCUUGUUUACGUGUAAACUUUUAUCCUAAGUGUCCGUCACCUGACAUGACCCUUGGGCUGUCGCCCCACUCCGAUCCCGGCGGGUUGACGAUUCUAUUGCCGGACCAGCACGUGGCCGGGCUUCAAGUUCGCCGGAACGGGGAGUGGGUCACCGUCAAACCGGCGGCACACGCCUUCAUCGUCAAUAUUGGCGACCAAAUUCAGAUAUUAACUAAUGCUAUAUACAAAAGUGUUGAGCAUAGGGUGAUUGUUAAUUCGAAUAAAGAACGUGUAUCUCUGGCUUAUUUUUACAAUCCUAGAAGCGAUCUGCUCAUACAACCAGUGAAGGAGGUUGUGACGCCGGAAAACCCUGCACUAUAUCCACCGAUGACCUUUGAUGAAUACAGACUUUAUAUAAGGACCAAGGGUCCUAGAGGGAAAUCACAACUAGGGGAAUCAAAUAAGUGUGAAGAUUAAGAAACUACGAUGAUUUUACCAUGUAAAAGCAUUUAGUUUGUAAUGAAAUAUGUAUUAUGAUUGGACAAUGAUCUUAUAAAUGAACGUAAAUCUUAUAUUUCCACUAGAAAAAUUCAAUUAAUAAUGCGGGAAAACAGAGACAAAGAUCACUUUCAAUUGGUUGUAAGUGUUGGAGGCAAGUUUGUCCCACUCUAUUGUUACUAUUACUGUUGUAGAUGUUUUUAUGAUAGAGAAAUGUUUUUAA